UUUCUCUUUUCAAAAUCCCCUUGUGAAGUAGAUUGACAGACUAGAAUGAAAAUGAGGCGGACGCUCGGUCACGACUUCAGUGCGUACGCGUCCUUUUGAGCAGACCUCUAAACUUGGAUCAUAUCACCAUGGGAGCUAUUUGGGCUGCAAGGGACUUUUGUUUGUUUUUGCUCUUGUUAAAUAGUCGCCAAAGCGCAGCGCGUCCAGAGAUUCGAGCAGAUCCAUGUGCAGACGGGAGCGAUGGCUGUCACAUUGAUGCUAUUUGUCAGACUACCCAAGGCUCAUAUAAGUGCACCUGUAAAGCAGGCUUUAAAGGAGAUGGGAAACACUGCGAAGAUAUUGAUGAAUGCGACUUGGAGUACAAUGGUGGCUGUGUACAUGAGUGCAACAAUAUACCAGGCAAUUAUCGCUGCACUUGUUAUGACGGAUUCAAUUUGGCACAUGACGGACAUAACUGUCUAGAUGUGGAUGAAUGCAAGUUCAACAAUGGUGGGUGCCAGCACACUUGUGUCAACACUAUGGGCAGCUAUGAGUGCCGCUGCAAAGAGGGCUUCUUCCUCAGCAACAACCAGCACACAUGCAUCCACCGCUCUGUGGAGGGCCUCAACUGUAUGAAUAAGGAGCACGGUUGCGCCCACAUCUGCAAAGAGACACCCAAAGGAGGUGUGGCCUGUGAGUGUCGUCCAGGGUUCGAGCUGGCCAGGAACCAGAGAGGCUGCAUCUUAACUUGUAACCAUGGCAACGGAGGCUGCCAGCACACCUGCGAGGACACGGAGAGCGGCCCCAUAUGCAGGUGUCACGUCAGGUACACCUUGCAACCUGACAAGAGGUCGUGUGUAGAACGAGACGAAGCCACCACCGAGUCCUCCGACCACAACGCCACGUCCGUUACUGAGGUGGACAAACGGGUCAAACGAAGACUGUUAAUGGAAACCUGUGCGGUGAACAAUGGGGGUUGUGACUGCACCUGUAAAGACACAUCCACAGGCGUGCGCUGCAGCUGCCCCAUCGGCUUCACACUACAGCCGGAUGGAAAAACAUGCAAAGAUAUCGAUGAGUGUGAGCUUCACAACGGCGGUUGCGAUCACUUCUGCAGGAACACCAUCGGCAGCUUCGAGUGCAACUGCAGAAAAGGCUUCAAGCUGCUGACAGAUGAGCGUUCUUGUCAAGAUAUAGAUGAGUGUUUUUUUGAGCGGACAUGUGAUCACACAUGUGUGAACUCCCCCGGUGGUUUUCAGUGUCUGUGCAACAAAGGCUACACCAUGUAUGGACUGGCCCACUGCGGAGAUAUAAAUGAAUGCAGUGUGAACAAUGGCGGGUGUGAGCAGGGCUGUGAGAACACCAUGGGUGGAUAUGAAUGCUUUUGCCAUCCUGGCUAUAAGUUACACUGGAACAAAAAGGACUGCAUUGAGGCUGAGGGUUUACCACCUGCGAAACCCCCCUCUAAACCCACCUUGAACUGCAGCAAACAGGAAGGAGGGGACCGCUGCUUCCUGACAUGCCAGUCCCAAGUUCAUAUCAGCAGCGGGAUGGAGGAUUCCUACACGGUGACCUGUGGAAUGCCUCUGCCCUGCAUGGUUGACACACAAAAGAACAACAGUGGCUCGAAUUGCUUAGUUCCAGAAAUGACCAAUGUUCCACGCAUUAAGACCACUGCCACUUUUCGGUCUGGCACUGCAAAAUGCAACUUAAAACGAAGUCAGGAGAAACUCAAGGAGAGCUUAAACUCAGCUCACUCAGAUAGCAGGUUCCUCUUCACUGAAAACGUCCAGUUCAGCUAUGUGAGCCUGCGCUGCACCUCGUCAGGACAGCGAAUGCGCAGCCGCCAUGGCAGGAAAGCCGGCGAGGAGGACGGCUCCUCCAUAACAGCUGAGUUUGAGCUGGAUGUGAACCUAGAGGAGGUAACAGCAGAGAGCUGUGACCUGAACUGCGUGCGCCGACGCUCAGAGAAGAGGCUCAGGAAGACCAUCAGGACCCUGAGGAAGUCCAUCAACCGGGAACAGUUCCAUCUCCACUUUGCGGGGUCUGACUACGAGCUCGGCAAGAGUCCAGGCCAGCCGGCUGAACUGCCAGGACACUGUGUGGCGGGACAGGUGCUGGUGGCCAGGAAAUGUGUGAGCUGCAGUGUUGGGACUUACUACAACGGGGAUCAGGGAAGGUGUGUGUUGUGUCCAGCUGGAACGUAUCAGCAUGAGGAGGGACAGAUGUCUUGCGAGGUCUGCCCUAGACCUGAAGGAAGAGAAGUCUCUAAGGUGGUUGGAGCUCGAAACAUGUCAGAGUGUGGAGGUCAGUGUUCCCCCGGUCAGUACUCUCAUGACGGCUUCAUCCCCUGCCUGCCCUGUCCACUGGGAAUGUACCAGCCAGAAGUGGGACGCACCUCCUGCUUCCCUUGUGGAGGGAACCUGGUCACCAAGCGCAGCGCUGCUGUUACUUUUCAGGAGUGCGAGACCAAAGUCCAGUGCUCUCCAGGACAUUACUACAACACCAGCACACACCGCUGCAUCCGCUGUCCCAUGGGAACUUAUCAAGGAGAGUUUGGACAGAACUACUGCGUCGCCUGCCCUGGAAACACCACAACCGACUUUGAUGGUUCCACUAACAUCAUGCAAUGCAAAAACCGACAAUGUGGAGGACAUCUGGGAGAUUUUACUGGCUACAUUGAGUCUCCCAACUACCCGGGGAACUACCCAGCCAAUGUUGAGUGCACCUGGACCAUCAAUCCACCGCCCAAACGCAGGAUCCUUAUUGUUGUCCCAGAAAUUUUCCUGCCUAUUGAGGACGAGUGCGGAGACUACUUAGUAAUGAGAAAAAGCUCUCUCUCCAACUCUGUGACAACCUACGAGACUUGUCAGACAUACGAACGUCCCAUCGCUUUUACCUCCCGCUCCAAGAGACUUUGGAUACAGUUCAGGUCUAACGAGGGAAACAGUGGGAAAGGCUUCCAGGUCCCAUAUGUGACAUAUGAUGAGGACUACCAAGAAUUGAUAGAAGAUAUAGUCAGAGAUGGAAGAUUAUACGCUUCAGAGAAUCACCAGGAAAUUCUCAAGGACAAAAAACUCAUGAAGGCGUUGUUCGACGUGCUGGCUCACCCGCAAAACUUCUUCAACUACACAGCACAAGAAUCCAGAGAAAUGUUCCCCAAAUCCUUCAUCCGCUUCCUGCGCUCCAAAGUCCUGAGAUUCCUUCGCCCUUGAGUCGGCUGUUUUCAGGUACUGGCCACAGUAUCUGUUUUAUCCGCUUACCCCUUUAAGAAUAUUCUGUAGUUAUCUGUUUUGACACUGAGCAAUACUAGAGCGGACUACACACGUGAUUAAACCCAUCCUGAAGAGAAAGUGGACAAGUAAAGCAAGUAGACUUUAAGAGGGAGAAAUGAUCGGAGAUAAAGUGUUACAGAGUGUAGACCCACAUGGGCAUCCUCAGACAGAGAUCUGGACCUCUACUCUUUGUUUGGAAAUAUGGAAAUACAUGUUUUUAUAGGCAACAAAAUAACUGCAAUGACUUUAUACCCUCACCAUCUCAGGACAAACAAAUACUAGUAGCUAAACAGAUAUAUACUGAAUGUCAGUGAUUUAGAGUGUGCAUCUAGAUUUAAUAUAGGCUACGUUCACAGGUAGAGGUUAAUUGACAGAAAUACUGCUAAAUGUCUGAAACAAAUAUAGCACAAAUGUUUUCUUGGGAACAUUAGCACUACUAAAGAAGUAGUGGCACCACAAAAGCAAUUAUUCUGAUGAAUGUUUUGUAUAUGAUGUAAAAAGUUUUAGGUGAAACGUUAAGGUAUUGUAGCAACCACAUACAUACAUUUUGACAGUGGGCUAUAGCAUUACUGCAAUUGCUGGUGGCCCGUAUAUUUGAUGUUUGAAAGUGUCUGCGCUACUGUUCAGGAAAAAGCCUUUUCCCUGUCCAAAAAAAUGUACAGUGGCUUUUAUGCAUUCAUGAGACACAACAGCUUCAGAAAAAUGACACCUGUGUACAUCAGUACAUUUUAUUGAACUAGCAACCAAAGACAAUUGGGAGUUAUGUGAUUUUAGAGACUGAAUGAUAUGAGGUCAGAGAACACGAAAAGAAAUGAAAAGUCCUGUAAAAUAAAAUUGAGCUAUUCACCUCUCUUAGAUGACACGUGUAUGUAUAUUGUUUAUGGUUUUGUACAUCUAAUAUGCUGUAAAUAAAGAUAGGAAACUUAUUUUGUGUUUUUAUUCCCUUUGCCCACUUCCUCUUUUUUGUGGCACAAAACUGAACAUUUUAACUGUUUAAGCUGCAUUUCUUUCACCAGUUAAAGUAUAUACUCAUCAGCGAGAUAGUCUUUGGACAUAAACUCUCCAUUCUUGUAUUUAGGGAUGAAAGAUACAAUGACGUGAAUUGUUGACUGUUUGCCUGUAGCUAAAGAUGUACAUAUGAGAUAUUCAUUUUAGUACAGGUAAAGUCUUUCUGUACAUAAUUUCCCUUUUACAUGAUCCAGAAUAUUAGGAAACUGCACAAUUUGUUUUUACAUUUCAUUUAUGUACACUGGUUUGGGGUAACGAACUGUAUCAAGCUUUCAAACUUGAUUUCUGUGUUAUUUGUUUGUAUAUGUUUCUGCUUAUCUGUACUCUGUUCCUACAUAUCAUACAUAUAUCCGGUCCUUGUGCUCAUGUAAUGCUUAAUUUUCUUUACUUUAAUAAAGUUUUAUUUUAUCUUA